CGUCACUGCCACUCUUCCUCUUCUAUCUCCCUCGAUUUUGAACCCCUUAAUCGUAAAGAUGGCGUCGGAGAAGAAGCUGUCGAACCCAAUGAGGGACAUCAAGGUCCAGAAGCUCGUUCUCAACAUCUCUGUCGGUGAGAGUGGUGAUCGUCUCACUCGUGCCUCCAAGGUGUUGGAACAGCUAAGUGGUCAAACCCCUGUCUUCUCCAAGGCAAGGUACACUGUGAGAUCAUUCGGAAUCAGGCGUAACGAGAAGAUUGCUUGCUACGUCACCGUGAGAGGAGACAAGGCGAUGCAGCUUCUCGAGAGUGGUUUGAAAGUGAAGGAGUACGAGUUGUUGAGGAGGAACUUCAGUGACACUGGCUGCUUUGGGUUCGGUAUCCAGGAGCAUAUUGAUCUUGGAAUCAAGUAUGAUCCUUCCACUGGUAUCUAUGGAAUGGACUUCUAUGUUGUUCUUGAACGUCCUGGGUACCGUGUUGCUCGUCGCCGUAGGUGCAAGGCUCGCGUUGGGAUUCAACAUAGAGUUACAAAGGAUGAUGCCAUGAAGUGGUUCCAAGUUAAGUAUGAAGGUGUUAUCCUCAACAAGUCUCAGAACAUCACUGGUUGAAGACUUUGUGUUGUUUUGUGGUGUUAGCUCUUGUCUCAGAACAUCGCGUUGGGAUCUCUUGUUUUUUUGUAUCUUUUUUUUUACUUCAGUUGGUUUAGAAUCUACGUAUUCGAGAUGAACGAUUUUUGGAGGUUAUCGUUAUCAAUUUUAAAACAAUCUCUCUGCUUUAAACUAGUCCCAAGCCAUAUGUCUUUUAUCUGAUUUGCAUGUCAGAAUGUGGACUGAAUGGUUAGAACAGGACAUCUGAGUGGAUAAUCUCACUUUUCUCUAGCUUUGUGUUCUGCAAGUUUCAUAGUUUCAGUCAGUGGGAGCCAU